GUACUGUCGCUCUCUGAUGACGUCUUUCCGGAAUGUGCGGGACGCUGAGUUAAAACACGUGGUUCGGGUACAUAGAAGAAGUUGAAGAUAUCACUUUACAUUUAGAGUGUUUUCGCUUAUUGUUCAUCGUCUACCUGUGUGUCAGAUAACCUGCCAAGAUGGUGAAGCCACGGUUCAAGGGGAAAAGCACGAUAAACACCUCGGCGGCCAGCAGUAAUCCUGACCGACCCAAGACUCCUGCAGGUUCAGGCAACAGCAUGAGGGACCGAGCAACUGUCAGGCGUCUGAAUAUGUACAGACAAAAGCAGAGAUGCAACAACAGAGGCCAGGUGAUCAAGCGUUUGUCGUACCAGUCCACUGUUUCUGAUGGGACACAGGCCAGAGUGGAGCCCAACAUCAAAUGGUUUGCAAACACUCGGGUGAUCAAGCAGUCGUCCCUACAGAAGUUCCAGGAUGAGAUGGGUGCAGUGAAGAAGGACCCAUACCGCGUAGUGAUGAAACAGAGCAGGCUGCCCAUGUCACUCCUGCACGACAGAGUCAAGGCACACAACUCUAAGGUACACAUCCUGGACACCGAGGGCUUUGAGACCACGUUCGGGCCCAAGGCACAGCGUAAACGACCCAGCCUGAUGGUAGGAGACGUGAAGGACCUGGCAGAACAGGCCGAGGUCUCGGCACAGACCUACAGCGCUGAGAAGGACCGCGACCUGGUCACCGAGGACGACGGGGUCAGAGAGGAAGCUCGUGAGGAGAUCUUCAAGAAGGGCCAGUCGAAGAGGAUUUGGGGAGAACUCUACAAGGUGAUAGACUCGUCAGACGUCAUCAUACAGGUGCUGGAUGCCCGUGACCCCAUGGGUACGCGCUCGCAGAGCAUCGAGACCUACAUGAGGAAGGAGAAGCCUUGGAAGCACCUGAUCUUCGUGCUCAACAAGUGCGACCUCAUCCCCACCUGGGUCACGAAACGCUGGGUAGCCGUGCUCUCCACAGAGUACCCCACCCUGGCCUUCCAUGCCAGCCUCACCAACUCGUUUGGAAAGGGCUCCCUCAUCCAACUCCUCAGGCAGUUUGGCAAGCUCCACACAGACAAGAAACAGAUCAGCGUUGGAUUCAUUGGCUACCCCAACGUGGGAAAGAGCUCUGUCAUCAACACUCUACGCUCCAAGAAGGUCUGCAACGUGGCCCCCCUCGCCGGUGAGACUAAGGUGUGGCAGUACAUCACUCUGAUGCGACGCAUCUUCCUCAUCGACUGCCCUGGUGUAGUUUACCCCUCUGAAGACAGCGAGAGUGACAUCGUGUUGAAAGGAGUGGUGCAAGUGGAGAAGAUCCGUAACCCGGAGGAGCAUAUCCCAGCGGUGCUAGAGCGGGCCAAACCAGAGUACAUCCAGAAGACGUACCGCAUCCCCACCUGGAGCUCCCCAGAGGACUUCCUGGAGAAACUGGCGAUGCGCAUGGGCAAACUCCUCAAGGGGGGUGAGCCAGACCUUACCUGUGUCUCCAAAAUGGUGCUGAACGACUGGCAGAGAGGACGCAUCCCCUUCUUCGUAAAACCCCCUGGCUGUGAGGAAGAGCAUGAGGGCAAGGAUAAACUGCCAGUGGAGAGGGCACCAGAAGCUACAGAGUGUGUACAGGAAGAAGGAGCAACAGAGGGGCAGUGCAAGGAGAUGGUGGCUGCAAUGUCGGCCGAGCAGGAGGCCCAGCAACAGCAGAAACACAAACAUCAGCAGGUGCAGAAGAUCCUCUCCAAUGUCCGGCAGAAUUUCGGCAAGAUCAACGUGGCGCCCGAGUUCAACGAUGAAGACCUGGCACCCGUGCAGACAGACGACCUCGCUUUCUCUGACCUGUCCGGCUCGGACGUGGAGAAGGAUAGCGAGGAAGAGGAAAAUGGAGAGGAAGAGAAGGGGGAUGGGGAGACAGCUUCCGGUGACGCUGAGGCUGCUGCCACCACCCCAGCCGGUCAGCCUGCCAAGGUGGAGGAAAAAAAGAGUUCUCGUGAGACGAUCCGCGAGCUGGAUGGGAAGAUUGCGAAGUACAAGCAGUUCCUGGACCGGGCCAGACUCAAGCGCUUCUCCGCCAUCCGGAUUCCGAAGGCACUUUCUGACAAAGUGCUCACAGACAUGAAAGUGAAGCAGGCGGGGAAUAACCCACAACCUAAAGCCGUAACACAGGUCGGCAAGAAGAGGAAAACCGAGGAGGCAGAGGAGCCCACGCGUCCACACAGAAGUUUAACAUCCAAGCAGAGGAGAGCAGCGGAUCGUGCUCAGAAGGUGAAGAAAGUUGGAACGCGCUAUUACGAAACACACAACGUCAAGAACAAGAACAAGAACCGAAAGAUACCUACGGCGCCCAGCGAGGGCAAGAAAGCCAAGAGAUCGAAGCGCUAGUCUGGGGUUCGAGACACCAAAUUGGGUCAUUUCUAAUAAAUAGUUAUUUUAUUGACCCUGUCAUUGUAAUGACUUGUUUUAAGUUGUCUUAGUACCUACCCUUGGCAUCUUGAUGGAAAGUGAUUUGGGUUAGGUUGCAUUGAGUGAAUUAGAUUUUGAUGAACCUAAUCGCUUGACGCCUUAACCUAAUCCUGAGUGACCUUCAACGAAGUGACAACGAUCAAUGUUGUCUUCAAACUAUUACUUAAACUCAUAUAAGGAGUUUCACUGCGAAGUGAAAGGAUGAGUCUGUCAUCCCAAAAAAAGUACAUUUGUACUGCAUAGCCUGGAUGCCAGUCUGUUUUCAUUCUUUUGCUAACUCCUUAUGGAACUGUCAAAUUUGGCAUGACCAUUCCAUAAGGAGUUGGCUAGAGAGCAGAAACACACUGUCACCCAGGUUAUGUACAGCACUUUUGGAAAAAAAAAAUGUGACAAUUUUUCUCCAAAUAUACAUGUCAUACCAUAAAAUAAAGAAUAUCAACAAAUGA